AUGUCGACUACUUCCAGUUCCUCGAGCGCAACCAGCACUGCCUGCGGCGGCAGCGUCUGGCAAAUCCCUACAACAGAUGCCGCCUGCGCGGCAGUUGUCAGUGGGAAUAUAACCCAGGUUAUGGAUGACUGCUGCAAGGACGCGAAGGUUUCUAAGUACGACAACGACUGUGGAAUCUACUGUCUCGCCCAGGGGCAGGAUGUCAACAAGCUCCAGUCUUGCCUCACCAGCAAGAGCGGCAACUAUCACGACGUCUUCUGCAACGCUGCUCUCAAUGCGACCGCCACUGCCACGGCCACAGACUCCAAGUCCACUUCCUCAGGCACUAGCACACACUCUGCUACCUCGACUUCCACAAACGCCGCUAUUGCGAAUCAGCCAAUCUCAAAGUCUGGUCUUGGACUUAUUGGACUUCUUUUCGGCUCUGCCCUGAUGGCUGUUAUUUCUUAA